GUGGCGCUGCGCUUGCGCGACAAGGCUACACUGCAAGCAAACAUUACACCGCGGUGACGGUACGGGAGCAGAAUCAGUUGCUCGAUUACGAAGACACGGUGACGGAAAAGUUUUCCUGCAUGACCCGGCUGAAAAGAAUUUUGAUCGCUGAAGUCUGAACAGAAGCCACAUCUAGUACAUACUGCAGGACCACGUACUGCGUAAUCAAAUAAAGCAGACAGAGCCUGUGUGACCAUGCUGUCGGUCGGCAUCCAGAUCAUUGGUUGGUUUCUCCUGGCAACACUCUUUGCCUGUGCAGCACAGAACAGAUUACCCAGAUAUCCAAGUGUUGAAUACUCCGCCAGAGUUACAUUUAAAGGCUUAUCAGAUGCUCAGAUGUUGGAAGGUUCACAGAACAAACCAGGGAACUACCGCACCCUUGUCUUCAACAAGGAUUUGUCGCAGCUGUACAUCGGUGGCCGAGAUGCACUUCAUGUAGUCCAAGCAUCCAAUCUUAAUAAUAUUGGAAUAUUUAAUUUUACCACAAGCACCAUCUGUUCUUCAGGCGACCCUAACAAGUGUUACAACUACGUGAGCAUUAUUCAGCCCCUGACUGAUACUUGCCUGUUUGUCUGUGGAACCGAUUCCCAGUACCCAAAGUGCGUCUUUGCAGAGACAACGGACUUCGACACAAAACCCACAGAUGCAGACCCGGACUUUAGUGCAAGGCAGGGUGCCCCGAGUGAACCCAACCAGAAUUUCUCGUGGAUUUACGUGAGUGAAGAGAAGAAACUGUUCACAGCCGUUGGCUUACGGGAUCCCUUUGGCGGAGGUGACUCCUCUACUUUCCGCUUGGCUGAUCUUACAGGCUGCAAUGGGGCUUACGGUAGCGAUAUCACGGCUGAUACCACCACCCCUAACUGGUUAAACUGGGCGGAGUUUGUGGGUGAGCCAUUUUUGUACAACGGCUUCAUUUAUUUCUUCUAUCGUGAAUACGCUUCAGAGGCUAUUAAUGGAGCCGGACGGAUAGUCUAUUCAAGAAUUGCAAGGGUCUGUCAGAAUGAUACCGGGGGAGCAGAAUUCACAACUCUGGAUGGGGACUUCGUCACCUUUAAGAAAGCAAGGCUGGACUGCUCUCUUAAGACAGACAACUCAGAAUUUUAUUACAAUGAAAUCCAGGGGAUGUACAAGUUAGACACGACCAUUUUUGCUGUGUUCACAACUCCAAGGGUUGGCGUUGCAAGCUCUGCUGUGUGCGCCUAUGAUGUGAAUGAAAUUGAGCAGCUGUUUGACCAAGGAGAGCAGAGAGGACAGCCUCAGGAUGGAUUCCUGUGGACGGCUCUGGAUGAUGCUGACAAACCUGCAAACUUCUCCAAACUGUUUAAGUGCAGCGAACUGCCUCAGUUUUCACCCGAUGAUGAACAACAGAAAAUCCUGUUGAAUUACCCAUUAAUGAAUCUGCCCGUCCCCAACAAAUUGAACUACAAGGAUGGCUCCAGCAACUACUUGAGACCAUCUGAUGCGCCACUCUUUGUGGUUGACGAGUUGCGCCUAUCGCAGAUUGUAGUCGAUACUGUCGCAAACAGCUUUGAUGUAAUGUUCCUUGGUACAGAGCGAGGGACAGUCAUCAAGGCCUACCUCAACAACUCCAAUGCUUUUUUCGUAGAGGAGAUAGAUUUGAACGUGAAGGGACUCCCAGAGGCACCAAUCCUGAGUCUGGUGAAAAAACCCACUCAGACUGCCAUAUACGUGGGCACCGACUACAGUGUGUAUAGGCUGCCAGUGGACGCAGCUUGUUCAAACAGAACGACCUGCGGCUGUGAGAAGGACCCUCACUGUGUGUGCGAUGGCAGCAGCUGUGUGCCCAGGACUGGGGCGACAUCUCCAAAGAAAUGCAUCUCUGACUGUGAACCACCACCAGACACCUUCAACAUCUCAGUGGUCAGACACUUGCCGUGUAGCAACUGCCUCAGUGACCAAUGCCCUGGAGAGCGCUGUGUUGAGAAGAUCCCCAGAAACAAUUCAACCAACUUGUACUUUGUCGCACGGGCCCCCGAGGGCGGCAACCUGACUGCCAGCGUGAACUGCAGCUGCAAGGUGGAGGACACAACGAUCAGGCGAAGCAUCUGUGGCAGGACCGAGCAUGUGAUGGUGACCGUCGUGGUCAACGUCACGUCCUCCUGUCGCUGCAUCGUGGACUUCAACACCAUCACCGCAAAGGAGACCCUUAUGACACAGAUACUCCCCGAUGAAUCACCUCCAGCUUCAGAUGUGUGCAUGGAGGAGGUGCAGGAUUUUGACAACAGAGUGAGUUUAUACAGGUUUCAGCUGGAGCAGUGGAAAAACCGCAUGAUUGAGCAAUCCAACUGUUUGGCAGAGACUAACAGCCUGGGCUACUGUCAAGAUGGUUGCCAGUAAAGGAGAGGGCUGGCUCACGGAGAACAAAUGAUUUUCCAGUGAAAUCUUGACCAUUCAGUGGCAUCGGAGACACCUUGUGGCACAGUUGCUGGGAGUGUGGUUUGCCUGCAGAGAAUAAUUAAAUUGUAUUAAUCUGGAAUAACACCACUUGCCUAAUUAGAUAUGCAUAUAUGCGACCCACUCUAUAAAAAAUGGGAUCUAAGUUGCCAUGCUUUUGAGUUACAGGCCUUUCAGAGAAUCUGGCGGUCUGGAAAUAAAUAAGACCCCUGGACACUUUUCACCCACACAAUGAUCACUUGUCAUCUGGGUGCCAAUAUC